AUGGAACAACUGAAAACGCAGAUCCAGCCUUUGGCACAGCAGCUGAAGGCCCAAAUUGAACCGUAUGCGGAUCAGGUCCGGACUCAUGUUGGACCCUACGCAGAACAGCUUAAGACGCAGAUCCAACCAUACGCGGAACAGGUUUUGAGAAAGACAGAAGCGUACUCAUGGAUCAAUUUGCAUGUUCCAUCCGUGGCGCAUCCCUUCGGACUGGAGCUGUGGCCUAUUUUCAGCAAAGUGUUCGAAAAAUAUGCCGGAUACCCUGCGGAAGACUUUGACUUCAUCUACAACAAGACGUUCAUGGCCAAUGGUUACCAGGCUAUCGGAGUGAUUAUCGUUUACUACAUUGUGAUUUUUGGCGGACAGGCCAUUCUACGUGCAUCGAAUGCGUCUGCUGUGAAAUUGAGCUUUUUGUUUCAACUUCACAACUUGAUUCUCACUUCUGUGUCUUUGAUCCUAUUGCUGUUGCUGGUCGAGCAAUUGGUGCCAAUGGUUGCGGAACACGGUUUGUUCUGGUCUAUCUGUUCCAAAGAUGCAUUUGCGCCUAAAUUGGUGACUUUGUACUACUUGAACUAUCUGACCAAAUACGUGGAGUUGAUCGACACUGUGUUUUUGAUCUUGAAGCGUAAGAAGCUUUUGUUUUUGCACACCUACCACCAUGGUGCUACCGCUUUGUUGUGCUACACACAGUUGACCGGACGCACUUCUGUUGAAUGGGUUCCAAUCAGUUUGAACUUGGGCGUCCACGUGGUUAUGUACUGGUACUACUUUUUGAGUGCCCGUGGCAUCAGAGUGUGGUGGAAAGAAUGGGUUACAAGAUUCCAGAUCACUCAGUUUUUGAUCGAUUUGGUAUUUGUGUAUUUUGCCACUUACACUUUCUACGCUCACAAGUACUUCAACGGCAUCUUGCCCAACAAGGGAACCUGUUACGGCACCCAGGAUGCUGCUGCCUACGGAUACUUGAUUUUGACCUCCUACUUGGUGCUUUUCAUUUCGUUUUACAUCCAGAGCUACCGCAGAGGCGCCUCAAAGAAGAAUGCCGCGGUCCGCGCUGCCUCUCAAGUUGCUGAGGAGGCCACCACCGCUGCCACCACGGGCAACAACGUCCACACCACCAAGGCCACUUCUAGAAAGGCUUAA